AUGAACAAGAACAGCAAUAUUACGGAAUAUGUGAUAAAGUACAGCAAAAGUACCUCUGAGCCUGAUUCACGAAGAACAUACACUCUACAGAAUUACUUGAACAAUGAUUAUAAGUACAGAACACAUAAUUUGCAGUGGAUUUCAGGAAAUCAGUAUCUUCACAAAACAGCUAAUGGGGACAUCCUAUGUAUCAAAGCUGAAGACGGAACAUCCUCAGUAAUCCUGGCGAAUACAACAUUAGAUAAAUACGAGGCGACCACAGUUAUAUUGUCUCCGGACCAAAAGUUUGCUCUUCUGCAGUACAGCUAUACAAAGUUGUGGAGGCAUUCCUACACAGCUUCGUAUCACAUCUAUGAUUUCAAUACCAGUUCUAUCUUGGUUGACACACUACUACCUAAUGAUACACAAUAUAUAUCCUGGUCACCUGUUGGUCACAAACUGGCAUAUGUUUGGAAAAAUAAUGUUUAUAUAAAAGCUUCACCAACAGCAGAACCUGUGCAAAUCACUAAAAAUGGAGAAGAAAAUAAAAUUUUCAAUGGAAUACCAGAUUGGGUUUAUGAAGAGGAAAUGUUUGGCACCCAUUUUGCUCUGUGGUGGUCUCCAAAUGGCAAUUUUGUGGCAUAUGCAGCAUUUAAUGAUACAGAAGUUCCUGUUAUAGAGUAUUCCUUUUAUUCUGAGGACACCUUGCAGUAUCCAAAGACCAUUAGAAUCCCAUAUCCCAAGGCAGGAGCUAAAAAUCCAACUGUGCAAUUAUUUAUUGUGAAUACCAGUUCGCUUCCUGCUUUCGACUCUGUUGAAAUUUCUCCACCUGCAGAAAUAAAAUCAGGGGAUCAUUAUUUGAGUGUUGUAACAUGGGUGACAGAUGAAAGGAUCUGCCUGCAGUGGCUCAGAAGAAUUCAGAAUUUUUCAGUCCUCACAGUCUGUGACUUUGAAAAUGCUACUGGAAACUGGUCAUGUCCACAGGAAAAACAAUUUACGGAACAAAGUACAACUGGCUGGAUUGGCAGA